AUGGCCGAUACGCUCCCAGAUAAAACAUUUGUCAAGUCGGAUACCACCCAGGAUCUCGGACGUCAGCCCGGUUCGAUGGUCAGUCAAGGGGGUCAUUUUGGCGCUUCCUCUUGCCGUCAAACCGACAACCCUCGUGGAUGCGACCAGACCCAGGACCAAAACAGCCACGCCAGCCAGAGCGCCAUAGCCCAGGUUGACCAGAAGGAGAGCAACGGUCAGCAGUAUGGCGAUAGGAGACGCCCAGACGAGAUGCAGAGUGCCGCAUGA